AUGGUCAAUGUCUUGAAAGGAGUGCUCAUAGAAUGUGACCCAGCCAUGAAGCAGUUCCUGCGCUACGUGGACGAGUCCAAUGCCCUGGGGAAGAAGUUCAUCAUCCAGGACAUCAACGACACAUAUGUCUUCGUGCUAGCAGAGCUGGUCAGUGUUCUCCAGGAGCGAGUGGGGGAGUUAAUGGAGCAGAACGCCUUCGCUCUUACCCAGAAGUGA